AUGAGCAAAAAAACUAUUGAUUUAAAAUUAGCCGUGUAUAUUGCUACUCACUCCUCUAUUAUGAGUGUAGAUCAUCUAGGCGAAAUACUUAAAUUAACUGGAAAAAACACACCUUUUGCAAAUCUAAGGACAAAAUGUUCUUCGUUAAUUAAAUAUGUAUUAGAACCAUCAUUACUUGAAGACCUUGUUAAAGAUAUUGGUACAAGCUGUUUCUCAAUAAUUGUAGAUGAAUCUACUGAUGUUUCAGUAUUUGAAUACUUAUGUAUAUGUAUUAAAUAUUUUAGUUUUAAGGACGAAUCUGUAAAUUUACAGUUCUUGGGUAUAAUUGAAGUUAUUAGUUGUACAGCAGACUCACUAUAUAGUUAUAUUUAUGAUUAUAUGCAAGAUAUAGGCUUAGAUUUAAAAAAUUUAAUUGGUAUAGGCACAGAUGGGGCCAACAAUUUAUGUGGAAAAUAUAAUUCGCUUUUCACUCGUUUAAAACAGAUAAGUCCCAAAUUACAAAUUGUGGGAUGUAUUUGCCAUUCUUUAAACAAUGCUGUAUCCAAAGCGUCUGAAAAGUUUCCAAGUUCAAUUGAUUACCUCUGUAGGGAAGUUUAUAAUUGGUUAGUAGUAUAA